GGCGAUUACAGUCGUGUAUGUGUUUGGCAGGAAAGCGCAUUCACUUUUCCGAUUGAGAUUUGGUCGUCCUUCAUUCUGAUUGUUAGUUUGCCAAAAUUCAAGAUCAAUCUUGAUCCAUGAUUGGAUGCUUUCAACAUUGUCGGAAGAUCUUACAAUUGUUGUCAUACAACCAUACAACCAUACAAGCUCAUCAAUCUAACAAUCUAACAAUCCCGUCAGCAUGACUUAUUAUUCAGGAGCACCUGGGGAAGAUUGUAGCAUGUCAGCCGACCAGGAAGGUACGUCGUGUUGUCGCUAUCUUGUUUCUUCAGAUCAUUCUGACUUUUCUCCAUGAAAGCUGCCAGCGAAGCUCCAAGACGUAGUGAGGAAGCAACUGAUGAUGGCAAAUAUUUUAUGGACAUUGACAAACAACAGGUAUAUGUGCGCUAUCCUUGGUUAUUAUCAAUGAUCUAAAUGGGACCCAUCAAGACAAGGAAGCGCAAGAGAGACUCCGAGAGCUCAUCAAAUCACACAAACCGAAAAACAUCUAGGGAAUCGACCCCCUCCCGAAAUGGGUACCUGCGCACAGCCGGAGCGACCUCGAGAAGGCGAAAUUACACCUUUCUAUGCUCGGAUCGAUUAUCAUACGGAGGACUCACGACCAGUCGGGAAAACAAUCCGUGACACUUGGAUUGACUUCUGGAGGCAUAAUGGAACCUGGCCGACAACAGAACACGACAAAGCAAUGAAUUACGUUCAAAGUUCCGUAGAUGAUGUGCUACCGAAAAAAUUGUCAAAUGCGUGUAUCGGCUCCGAAACACUAACAGUGUUCGACCAGUCACCACGGGAGCAGAAGAGAGCUCCAUACAGACAUCCUUAUUACUAGUUCAACUUCGUGAGCGAGGCAGCUUCAUGGAAAAGUAUGAGAGAAUCAGCGCAGAGAGUCAAAAACUCUUUCAAAAGCUUCUAGGCUCGUUUUUAAGUUCUCCGCAGUCUCCGCCAAAAGGUACACUCUUCGAGGAUAAAUUUUUCGAUUCUACUUUGGCAUCGAUCCGAGGUAAAAACGAGACUAGGGUAAUCCGCGACAUCGGUCAGCUGAUCGUACCCUCUGCAGAAACUUUAGCAAUCCGCGGUGCUACACAUCUAAAUAUUCUUCGAGAGACUACCAAUGCCCGUUGGGAUAACGCCAUCCCUUUCUACGGCCCACUCCCGCAACCAGAUUACAGCCUUGGUUUCAAAAGAGGAGCAUUCACUCCGGAACAACUACAAAAGCUUCAGCCCUUUGUUGGAAGCCACUUGGAAGAUUGCUCUUAAUUCGCUGCCACGCAUGAUAUGUACUUUCCAUUUUUAACAUGCGAAGUGGAAUGUGAAAAUUCUUCCCUUGAUAUAGCUGAUAGACAAAACGCUCAUAGCCAAACCAUUUUAUUGAAGGGUCUAUUCCAUCUGUUCCGUCUUGUAGGCAGGGAGAGCGAGCUUCACGGUAUACCCAACGGCUUUUCAUUCUCGCAUAGUGAUGUAAAUGUGCAGAUCUUGGCGCAUUAUCUAGUCAUCACUGAUGAGAAGAAACCAGAAUACUACCAGGAACCAAUUGCCAAGUUCGGUAUUAGAAAAACAGUACUAGGGGAUCACCGAUGGGUUGCAUGGACUGUUACGAGGAAUAUUCUCGACCUAUGGGUUCAAGAUCAUUUCAAAUUGAUCUGUUCUGCUAUUGAUAUGCUACCGGUCAACUUGAAUUUUCUAUCAGAACCUCAACCAAGAGAUGUAGACUUGAUCUCUUCACACUCAAGGAUUGGCCCAGCAUCUUGAAGAUUCCAACUCAAAUGGAAAACUAGUUGCGCCGAAUAGCCAGCCAAGCGUUCAGCAAAUCAGUCAGCACAACGGUUCAAAUCAGGCACUAUUGGUUCUAAGAAGUAGUGUUGCACUAGAUGUUCAGCCAGUUUCUAUUGCACAUCCUUCAAGCGAGACUGAGCCAAAUUAUCUAGAGCAAUACCUGUGUACUACGCGAUUGUUAGAAAGGUGUAUUGAUGGGGAAGUACUCGGUUUAAGCAUUAGCCCAACCUUCACUAUUCUUUCAGAGUAUGUUAUAUUCAGAGGCCUCUAUGUAUCAAUUCUGGCCUAUAAAACCUACAGAGUUGCGCAUCAUUACAUUUGCGAGUGUUGCUCAUAUCGGAAAUCUAACUUAGCCCACGUGGAGAGCAUGUUGGAGGUGAAACUAGUCAGCCGCUCGUUGAUACACUCAUAAAGAAAGAGCAAGAAUAAAAGCAAUA